AAGUAUUUAACGAAGAAGGCCCAACCCACUUGCAUCUCUCGACUUGUUUUGUUAUUCCAUCCUCGCUCGCUCUCAAAUCUCUCAAAUCCUCUUCGCAUCGCAUCCCUCAGGGGGAUAAUAUGGCAGCAUCAGGGUUCCAAGCGUUCUUGAACAGUCCGGUUGGACCUAAAACAACCCAUUUCUGGGGUCCUAUCGCUAACUGGGGCUUUGUUGCUGCUGGUUUGGUGGAUAUGCAAAAGCCCCCUGAGAUGAUCUCCGGAAACAUGACUUCAGCCAUGUGCAUUUACUCUGCAUUGUUCAUGAGAUUUGCAUGGAUGGUUCAACCACGCAACUAUUUACUACUUGCCUGCCAUGCUUCCAAUGAGACUGUUCAGCUCUAUCAGCUCUCACGCUGGGCUAGAGCCCAAGGGUAUCUAUCCUCGUCAACUAAAGAAGAGGAGAAACCGGCUCAGUAAACUGAAAUGAGGAAAGCUUUCUUCAGUGCUGCUUCUGAUGAUCAACGAUUGACCAUCAGCAUAUCUCUUCUUGGGAAUUAAUGAAUCCUUAAUCCAUCUAUUUGCUUUUCCUUUUGCAACGUGUUGGUCUUCUAUGGUUGAUCUACUUGUUGAAUCCUUCAUUUACAUAUAUCUCUUUUGUUUGAAAUAAGUAACCGCUUGUAAUAAAAUUUUCGGACCAGUCGCAAAGUCUUCACAAAUUGCUU